GUGAUACCGUGACUUGGGGUUUAGAGGAAAUUACAAGAACACCCUUCAUACACUUCUUCUAUCCAUAAACUCCCAGCACAGUACAAACCUAUCAUGGAGCACGAGAUCGAUGGCUGGAUUGAACAACUCAGUCAGUGUAAACAACUAACAGAAUCAGACGUAAAGAAAUUAUGCGACAAGACGAGAGAGAUCCUUAUGGAGGAGUCAAACGUACAGCCCGUGCGAUGCCCAGUCACUGUAUGCGGGGACAUACAUGGCCAAUUUCAUGAUCUUUCUGAGCUGUUUCGCAUCGGCGGAAACUCGCCAGACACCAACUACCUUUUCAUGGGCGAUUACGUGGAUCGAGGGUACUACUCUGUCGAAACAGUAACUCUGCUUGUGGCACUCAAGUUGCGGUAUCGCGACCGCGUUACGAUUCUACGGGGAAACCACGAGUCUCGACAAAUCACGCAGGUAUACGGCUUCUAUGAUGAAUGCUUGCGGAAAUAUGGAAAUGCCAACGUGUGGCGGUUCUUCACCGACUUGUUUGACUACCUUCCCCUCACUGCCCUCAUCGAUAACCAAAUAUUCUGCCUGCACGGCGGUCUCUCACCUUCUAUCGACACAUUAGAUCACGUCCGCUCAAUCGACCGUGUGCAAGAAGUUCCUCACGAAGGUCCCAUGUGCGACCUUCUGUGGUCUGACCCCGACGACCGGUGUGGUUGGGGUAUUUCACCCCGCGGGGCGGGGUACACCUUUGGGCAGGAUAUAUCUGAGGCUUUCAACCAUAAUAAUGGGUUGACCCUUGUCGCCCGAGCACAUCAGCUCGUCAUGGAGGGUUAUAGUUGGGGUCAAGAUCGGAACGUCGUGACGAUCUUCAGCGCACCAAAUUACUGUUACAGAUGUGGUAAUCAGGCGGCGAUCAUGGAGAUAGAUGAAAAAUUAUCAUACAGCUUCCUACAAUUUGACCCUGCCCCACGAGCAGGGGAGCCGCUGGUGUCACGGCGUGUUCCGGAUUAUUUCCUGUGAUGUUCGCUGGCUGUCGAUAUUGUACAUAGUGCCUACGUCGUGUAUCCUACCUUGGGGCUGUGUCGGUCUCAACAACGAACAUUAUAUACCACGUUACACGACAGAGUAAUCAUUACUCAUCCGAGUCCUUCAACGUCAUUAUUUCGACGUUCUUCAAGAUCAUUUUCCAUAAGAUGCUCAUUGCUUGCUAUAUUGCCUCCCAUAUGGACUUUGUAUUGUAGGAGGAUAAAAAAAAUAGAGAAGUGUGAUCGAGUGUGUAUUAUUUAGGCGUUGUGUCAGCCUCACGGAGUAGAGUCUCAUC